GCCACUGAAAAUAAAGGUGAGAGGAACUCCACACAAUAUGAGAACUGCUUCAGUUUUUGUGCAGUUUUUUGUGCUGUUUGCUGGACCACAUGGAUUCAUUAGAUCACCGACUCUUUUCAAAGUCACUGAAGGAGAGAAUUUAACAGUCACAUGUCAGGUUUAUUAUUUGGGAAAUACUAAAAUCUUUUGUAAAGCUGAUUGUGACAAAAAAAAAAAAAGAAAACAUUCUGGUUCAGACUGCAGGCUCCCGUCAGCAGAACAGCAGAUACAGUAUUGAAGAGAAACAUCAAUCAGGGUUUUUGCAUAUGUCUGUGAACAUUACAGAUGUGCACAGAUCAGACGCAGGACUGUACCAGUGUGGUCUGGAUUAUGGGCAGAAAAACUCAACCAUGGUGCAAUUUCAAAUUGAGGUCUCCCCUGCACAAACGUCCUCAUCUCCAGCUGCUGCUUUCAGAACAACUGUAACCACACAACCGCACAAUGCAGCAGAACACCAGAGUACCACACAGGAAUUACCCAUGUCGAGUCCAUCUGACCAUCAACAGCAGAAAUAUUCAACAACAACCAGAUCUGUGCCAUAUGUGUUUAUCCUGGCUGUGCUGUUCCUGUGCUUACUCAUAUUUUUCAUUCUCUGCUGGAAAAUGAGAAACAUGAAAUCUAAAGACCUUGCAGAAGUACAGGAGGGUGAACAUGAUCCAACAAUCGAGACUGAAGACUCCUGUAAAAUCACAUACUCCAGUGUAACGUUUAAACUGAAGGAGCGCCCAUCCCUCAGCAGUGCCCCCCAGUGUCAGUCUGAGGCAGUGGUCUACGCAGUUCCUCAGUUCAGAUCUGAAGAGGCGCAUGUGGAAUGUUAACUGACAUACUGUGGCUUUAGAGGGAAAAUGUGGAGCACUAUAAAGGAACCAUCCAGACAAUGAACAACGACAUUUAGCCUUUUGUAAUGUGGCCAAUAAAGGACCACAUGUUACAUCUCAACUAUCUGACAUAGUGUGUGUAACAACAAUUAAAACAAAAAAAGAGUUUGGCUCUGUGGGCAGAACCCUUAAGGACCCUAAAGUCAUUAAAGGAAAUGUUAAGCAAGCUGACAUUUUCUCACUGUAAUUUAUUUGUAGUUCAUUUGAUUAUUUGUAUAUUUUUUGUUGAAUUUAGCACAUAAAUAAAGCACACUCUAACCAACUUAUUUCUUAUUUAGUUUCAGGUUCCAUGUCUUUUCUUGAUUGCAGCUUCAACUCACACUUCAUUUUUUCCCCACAAAAAAAUGAUCUCCCCCCCAUGCGAAAUUUCUAUAAUUUCUAACUGGAAAUCAUGACAUCACAUAAUAAUUCCAAGCCUGAGAUAUGAGAGAGGCGUGACAAGUGGCACCUGAGAAAGGAAGGAAAUGAUGUGUGACUUUGUGCAGCUGAAAAGUGUUCGCAGUCAGUCAGAACCCAAAAGUGUCAAGGACAUCAGUUGAACAUGAACAUGUGUUCACUAUUGAUGCUGUUUGUUGUGUUGUGCCAUGGAAGACUAUUAUUCAGCAAAACAGAGACUAAAGUGAUUGAAGCAACAGAAGGACACAAUUUUACAGCCCAAUGUUUACUUUAUUUCAAUGGAAACAAAAAAAUCUUCUGUCAAAAUGACUGUAAAGGGAAAGAAGACACUUUGGUUGAGACUGCAAACAACCGACUGCAGAAUGGAAGAUACGGCAUUGAAGUUAUCAAAGAAUCUCACACGCAAGUACUACAAUUAAAUGUGAUCAUCACAAACGUGAGAAGAUCUGAUGCUGGGUCAUACACAUGUGGUCUGGAACAUGGAGAGAUUUCAACAUUUAUAUUAAAAGUCAUCAGUGAUUCAUACAGAAGACUUCAAAUGUAUGAUGCAAAAUUGGAAACCCCAACACCAGGUUUGACCCUCGGAGCUGCUCCCACCACAUCCCUCCAUAAUGUGACACCAGCACAGACGACACAAAGGACACAAGAAGCAUCUGAAGUGACGAGCUCACAGCAACCUCAGGAGGAGCACAACUCAUCCACACUGUCUGUUGUGCUGCAGUAUGUUGCUGUGAGUGUAACCACCAUUCUGAUUAUUGUAUCAGGGAGUAUUUUGAUUUGGUGCUGGAAAAGGAAAACCAAUAGACCAACAGCUGCUGCUGAUGACUGUGAAACUCCAGAGUAUGAAAACUACCGUGUUGCUGCAGUGAAGGAGUCUGCAGACUGCAUUUACCAGAACCUCCCUGUGGACAACAUGGACCCAAACCAAACCUACAGUAACAUAUGAGACCAAGUCAAGACAAGUGAGGACAUGUAGAACACCUCAAGUAUGAUGUCACUCCAUCCAAGUGUCAGUUGUCAUUAGUUCAAUGGAAUAUAGAUGUUUUGGUCAAAUUAAUAUGGACCCCGUGUUUAAAAAAUGUAAAGUGCUUGAAUCCGACUACACUGAGGCAAUCUCUUUUCUCAGAUCCAACACCAGCCCACUUUUCGUAAUUUAACCUUUCUUACUUUUUAACUCUGAAGUCAAAAUAAUAAAGUGAAUAAGUUCAACUCUG